AUUCUAAAAAUAAUAAUAAUACUUAUUUACAUGCUCUACCACUACUGCCUUAUUUUAAUCAAAUAAAAAAGCAAUUUAAAAUUGCUAUUUCUAACUCUUUGAAUAAAUAUUGGCUUGAUUUCCAUGAAGUUGAAUUGGUGGCUACCCUUUUAGACCCCUGGACCAAAAAAAUGUCUGCAUUUACAAAUAGAGAAUAA